AUGGCCGAUUCCAAUAUUCAAAAUAUAAAAACUUCGACAUCUGAAACGGGGUUAUUUCCACUUUCUAAGAAACGGCGCAUUUCGGAGUCCAUAGCAGUUGGUAGAGAGACUAAUAAUGUUUCCUCAAACGCGAUUCGUAGAGAUCAUGCAGGAAGUCACAGACCCGUUACAUCGUGUAGUCAUUGUAGGCAGCAGAAGAUAAAAUGUAAUGCUAAUCAAAAUUAUCCUAAUCCGUGCUCUCGAUGUCAAAAAUAUAAGCUACAUUGUGAAAUAGACCCAUCCUUUAAACCGCAAAAAGGUUCACAAUUACAAACCAUGCGAAGAGAUUUGGAUGAUUUGAAACUGAAAUUAGACCAUCUUUUGGGUAACCAGAGCAUAAUAUCACAAGCUUUAAACCAGACUGCCGGUGGUAGAGAAAUAUUGCAUAGUUUGGCCGUUUUAAAUGAAAGACAUAGCCAACCACCAUCCGAGCUCGAAGAAGAUUUGACUCCUACCAAUACAUUUUCUGCACAAACAUAUUUGAUAAGAGGGCCUCAGCUGCGAUCCAUGAAAACACCAUCAGCCAAGUCACCGUCAUUGCAAGAUCGACAUCAAACGUUGCCUGCCAAUUUCACCUUAGAGAAUGAUCACUCAGACUCCGGUGACAGUAGAAUAUCUCUGAGAGAUAAUAAGAGUAAAGAUCAAAUACUUGCGACCCCAUCUCUUUUCGAAAGGGUCCCUACACCAGAUGACAAGAUUGACCAGUUUCUCCUUGGUGAAGUUCAGAUUCCAUUAGAAAAAGCCAACGAGCUACAUAAGCGAUUUGUAGAUGAAUAUUUGCCGUAUUUUCCAAUCAUGUUUACUAAUUCAGCAGCAGAAUUGUAUUCUCAAUCCAAAUUAUUAUUUUGGACUGUUAUGUUGACUGCAUGUCUGUCAGACUCGGAGCCAACCCUUUACAUUAAAUUAAGUUCACUGAUAAAGCAACUUGCAAUUGAGACAUGUUGGAUGAGAACUCCAAGAUCCACACAUAUAUCACAAGCCUUAUUAAUCUUGUGCAUAUGGCCUUUGCCUAAUCAAAGGGUGUUGGACGAUUGUUCUUAUAGGUUCGUUGGUUUGGCUAAGUCUCUUUCCUUUCAGUUAGGUCUCCAUAGGGGUAAAUUUAUGGCAGAGUUUACUAGAAGUCAAACAUGGAUGCCAAACGCAGAGAAGUGGAGAACAAGAACCUGGCUGGGAAUUUUUUUUUCAGAAUUAUGCUGGGCAAGUAUAUUAGGGUUACCUCCUACUUCAAAAAUCGAUUAUUUAGUCGAUCGGGUGAAGUUUGCAGAGGACCAACCCUCUGUUUAUGAUAAUAAUGAUGAAGAGGAAACCUCGUUUAAGUUACCCAGUAGAUUCAAGAGACUAAUUCUUCUUUCUGUAUUUCAGUCAAAUCUCUGUACAACAAUGGAUUCCAGUACUAACAGUCCGGAUGGUUUGAUAGAAUGUGACCUCCGUGCAUCUACUUUGAGUACGUUUGAACAAGAAUUGGAAGAACUGAAUAAAGGUUUGGAUUUUGAAAAAGAUGAUGCUGUGCAUAUAUAUUAUCUUUAUGUGCAACUUAUGAUUUGUUGUUUUGCAUUUUUACCAGAAAUGCCUCUUAGUGUUCAAUCUCAAUAUGUCUUGAAGGCUUAUUCCUCUGCCACAAAAAUUGUCACUCUAUUGACAAAGUUACUGGAGAAUCAUCAGCUUAUAGCAUUACCCAUUUAUAUCAGACAAAGCGCAACUUUCUCCGCCUUUAUUCUGUUCAAAUUGCAAUUAAAUUCAAUGCUUUUAUCUAAGUUUUUGAAUUCUGCUAGACAAUCGAUUGUAACAAUCCAUAGGUUGUUCAGAAACCAACAUACUGCCUGGACAACCUCUGUAGAGAACGAUAUUUCUAGAACUGCAAGCACUUUAGAACGACUAAAUAUGGUAUUGAUUAGACAUCCGGAGGUCUUUUUGAUGGAAACUGGUAUAAUCGCAAAAAUGCGCUCACAUUUAACAGGGUCACUGUUUUAUGACUUAGUAUGGUGUCUGCAUGAAGCAGGCAGGAGAGAGAAUAGCUCUGGGGAUACGCAAGCUAAGGAGAGUUCUAAAGUGUCAUCAGAUGUUGCUGGAAACAAGAUGUUGUAUCCAUUACCUCUAUAUAAUCACAUUGCAAGAGAAGACUUCAAAACGGUCACAGAGACUACGCCAGGGGGAACAACAGUUACAACACUUGUUCCUACUAAAGAUGCCCUACGACAUGCUGAGGAAUUGGCCAAGACCAAUAAGGAUACAGAUGGAGUUGUGAAAGAGAUUAAUGGUAUUCCAAUUUCAAUGUUAGAUGAAACGGGAAGUGUACGUCUAUCCUCCACUAAGGGUAAUUCUAUCGCUUCGAAUUUAGAUCAAAGCCAAACAACUUCUGGUUUAAGUAAAAUGGCCAAUGUCAGGGCCGAUGAAAAAGGUACCUAUUCAAGACCACAACGGGCAGUUUCAUCGAUGACUUCCUCUAUCAGGACAGGCCCAGAGUCACAUUCCUUAUUUACUAGAAGUACAUCCACUGUGCCUCCUUCAUUUCCUAAUAAUAUGGGUGAAAUUUCAUCCUCUCGCGCAACCAGCAAUGUAGAAGAUUUCAACGUUUUGAAUAACAGGAAUACAGCAUUUGGUGGGUCAUUAGAAAAUCAGGAAGAAUCUAAAGCACAGGAUUCUGAUAUAGAUAAGGAUAGUUCAUGGAAUAUUCCACAAAGUGACCAAUUGAACGAUUUUUUUCAGCAGCAGACGGCUGGCUGGCUUGAAAACGGUCUUGGGAAUGAUGAUAUUUUUGGUUGGUUCGAUAUGGGGACCGAAUUUUAA